AAAUUUUAUAAUUUAAGAUGGCUAAGCCUCCAGCUUGUGUAGGUCCUUGUUUAUGUGUGACAGUAUUAAUUGUCUGCUUAUUUAUUGGCACGAGCACGGGAGAAAAAAUGCCUACCGAUGUUGAGAAAAUUUAUGACACCACACUGUCGAACAACAUUGACACUAACACAGAGUCUAGUGAUAUAUUGCCAGAUUUAGGAUUUAUUCAUGCAUUUGUUGCAUCCUUAUCUGUGAUUUUAGUUUCGGAAUUAGGAGACAAGACAUUUUUCAUAGCUGCCAUCAUGGCUAUGAAACAUCCCAGAUUGACUGUAUUUGCUGGAGCUAUAAGUGCCCUUGCACUAAUGACUAUUUUAUCAGUUCUUUUUGGAUGGGCUGCUAACAUCAUUCCAAAACAAUAUGUAUAUUACAUAUCAACUGCUUUAUUUGCUUUAUUUGGUCUGAAGAUGUUAAAAGAUGGAUUUUCCAUGUCUGCUAAUGAAGGACAAGAGGAACUUGAAGAGGUCCAAUCUGAUCUUAGAAAAAAAGAAGAAGAUUUUGAGAAACAAGUUGGUUCUACCCUUGUACAAGACCCAGAAACUGGUGCAAUCAGAAAAUGCCCUAAAAGAAGCGUUGUAAUGAUGAUUUCAAGAAUAUUUUUACAAGCUUUUUCUCUUACUUUCUUAGCGGAAUGGGGAGAUAGAUCUCAACUUACAACAAUUAUUCUUGGAGCGCGUGAGGAUGUUUAUGGAGUGGUGGUUGGUGGAAUUUUGGGACAUUCCAUAUGUACUGGUUUAGCUGUGCUGGGAGGACGUAUGAUUGCCCAGAGGAUUUCCGUUAGAACUGUCACUAUCAUUGGCGGAAUUGUCUUCUUAAUAUUUGCAGUUACAUCUUUAUUUGUUAAUCCCACUGAAGCAUCUAAAGAAUCAAAAGAAGCAAAUAUCUAACGAAAUCAUUAAAUGAUUUGAAAUUAUGUUAAAUUCACGUUUCAGUAUUAUAAAAUGAUUCAAAUAUUUUGAAUCACAAUUCACACUGCUUCAUUCACUGUUGGUGCUAAAUAGUUGUUGAAAUUACUUUUUUUUAUUUUUGAUAAUGUUCACUGUAGUUAUUAUAAUUGAAGUUAUCAAAAAAUUAAUUUUUUUUAUCAAACAAUGGGUUGAAGUGUGGAUUAAUUAAAUACUGAUGAAUUGUGACACUUACCAUCAAGUUGGUUAGUUAGUUUCAUAUAAUACAUUUGUACUACAAGAUGCGGAGUAGGUUACCACAUAAAUAGGAAAAAAUUUACUUGGAAUUUUUAAAAUGAUCAUGCUAGAAAAAGAACAAUUCAGCAAUUUUUCAACGACGUUAGUUAAUAAACUUACAUAUUUUCAACAUGAUUGUUUGACAUAUAUUCCUUGGAGAUUGAUGCUCUGAAUGCAAACUUUUGCCUUUUUUGCAUAUAUUUUUGUAUAUAACAUCAUUUUGAAAAUCAAAAUUUAUUUUUAAAUUUUUGGAAGUAAUAUUUAAUUAGCUUCUAGAAGAUACUUUAUAUGUUUUGUAGUUAAAAAAGAUUUUAUCACUAUGAUACCAUAGUAAAUGUGUAUUGUGUAAGUUUGUCACAAUUUAGUGACUUGAAAUAUAUGUACAGAUUGUAAUAUAGAAAAAGCAUUCAAUUUUGUAAACUUUUAAAGAAACAUUUCAAUGUUUUCGUUUUCAGAGUGAAUUUGAGUUUGUUCUUAAAUUUGUAAAAUAGUCUAAUAAAAUUUUGAAAAAAAUGAUUAAUUUUUUAAAGGAAAUUAUUUAUGUUUGAAAUAUUUAAUUACUGUGAUACUUGAAAAUACAAUUUUUAAUGGUAUGCACAUAACAUGAAUCGUAAGUGUAAUAUAAAAAUUCUGCAUAAGUAAUAUACUGAAAUAAUUAUUUAUCACAGGAGGAUUCAAAUAAACUACUUCAACCAAUUACUAUUUUAUUAUGUAUUUUCAAUAUUAUCUAUAUUUUGGUUGACAUUUUUAUAUUAUUAAUAUUUAACUUAUUACAUUGGAUGACUUAUUAGUAAAUUGUUAAAAUUUAGUUGGCAAAAUGUAUACAAAAUAAUAAUAUUGCAUAAAAUUAAAAAAGUUUAAUCUACAUUUGAGCUUUUUAAUGUAAUCUGUAUCAUUUGACAUUAUAUUUGCCCCUUCCACAACUGAACCAAUAACAAGAUCGUGAGAUUAUCAUCAAUAAAGAUGUAACUAAGUUAAAUGAAUGUACAAGAUUAACAGUAUAAAAGUAUAAAAUAUGUGAAUAUUUUGUAAUUAAAUAAUUUUUCUGAGGAUAAUAUUAUGUGUAGCCCUCAUAAUAAUUGUUCAAUAAAGGUAAAUUAAUAACUGACUUCUCAAGAGCAUAAACAAAUGAACUUUAAAUAGUUCAGUAUUUUAUAUAUGAAGUGACUAUCCAGGCAAAAAUGGAGUACAAAAUCAUUUUUAUGUACAUAAUUUGAAUAGCAAUCAGUUUUCUUUAAUUUUUUGAAACUUCAAAAUGGAAAGAUGAAUUAAUCAACCAAAAUUGUGUUUUAAAAUUAAAAUUAAAAUUUUUGUUCAAGUAUUUUAUCCUGAACAGCCAGAUCCUAAUGUACAUUAGUAAAAAAAUUAAAAAUAUAUUGAUUAAAAUAUUUAUGCUGUUACAUUUUGUUGAAAUACAUUCUUUGAUUAAAAA